AUGGCCGCAGGCCUUCUUAGUGGUGGCCCCGUAUCAUUGGUUUAUGGCUUCAUAUUGGCAUUCACAGGAACCAUUGCGACGGCCUUGUCGUUGUCCGAGGCUGCUUCAAUGAUUCCGUCUGCAGGCGGACAAUAUCAUUACGUCGCCGAGCUCUCCCCGUCCUCGAUCGCUCGCCCUCUGAGUUGGGCUGCGGGCUGGGUGACCAUGUUCGGCUGGCAAUCGGUCGCUGCCAGCGCUCCAUUUCUCGCCGGGACCAUGAUCCAGGGGUUGAUUGUGCUCAACGAUCCUUCGUACAUCUACCAGCGCUGGCAUGGAACCCUCCUCUACUGGGCCGUGCUUGUCCUUUCCCUGGCAGUCAACGUCCUGGGGAUCCGGAUUCUCCCACAUGUCGAAAACGCGUCCAUGGUGCUUCACGUGGUGCUCUUCCUGGUGCUGCUGAUUGUGAUCGUGGCCGUCUCUCCCACCAAGAACUCGGCGUCUUUUGUCUUCACGGACUUCGAGAAUCAAACUGGCUGGACCAGCAGCGGCAUCGUAUGGUGUCUUGGCAUGCUGAGUUCUUCGUACGUUCUGGUUGGGUACGACGCGGCGGCUCACUUGAGCGAGGAGAUGUCCGAUCCAGCAGUCGGGGUGCCCCGUGCCAUGAUCGGCUCGCUGGUGCUGAACGGGGUUCUAGGCUUUGCGUUCUUGCUGGCCGUCCUGUUCUGCAUGGGCGACAUCUCCUCGGCAUACGCGACCCAGACGGGAUUCCCCAUCAUCCAGAUCUUCUACACCGUCACGGGCAGCCUGGGCGCCGCUUCCGCCAUGACCACGGCCGUGAUCCUCAUGGCAUCUCUCGCGACCAUUCCGCUCGUCGCCUCUGCGUCACGUACGCUCUGGGCGCUCGCGCGGGACUCGGCCUUCCCCUUCCCUGCCUGGCUUUCUCACGUGGAUGAAAAGAGAGGCAUCCCCACCAGGGCGAUCUGGGUGACGACCGUGUUCCUCAUGCUCCUCGGCCUGCUGAACAUCGCCGCCACCACAGCGUUCAACGCGAUUCUAUCUCUGGCUGUCGUGGGCCUGUAUCUGUCUUACCUCCUGCCUGUCGCCGUCAUCCUGUGGCGUCGCAUUAAGAGGCCCGACUCCCUGAGGUGGGGGCCCUUCAAGCUCGGCCAAUGGGGGAUCGCCCUCAACGUCACCUCCAUCAUCUACACGGUCUUUUGUUGCGUGUUUCUGCUCUUCCCACCGUACCGGCCGGUCACGGCGAUGAAUUUCAACUAUGCGUCGGUGGUACUGGGCGGGGUGCUGCUGUUGAGUGCAGUCUACUGGUUCAUUAGAGGACGGAAGGUCUACACGGGCCCUGCAUGUGAGAUCUUGGGCCGCGCAGUCUCAAACAUCAGCUAUGCGUAG